AUGCAAUUUCUCACCCCAACCAUUCUUCUCACCCUCCUUACCACUUUGGCAGCAGCAGCUCCCGGCACAACUCCAAACCUACCUAGGGCCCUAGUGUCCGGAACAGCUACCUGGUACAACCAGAACGGAGAAUUUGGCUCAUGCGGAGAAGUCCACAGUGAUUCCGAGAUCCUCUGUGCCGUCCCACCCAGUCGUAUCAGUGGAAAGUGCGGCCAUACUUGCGUUCUCAAUGCCAAUGGCCAUACUCUCCGAGGUCGCGUCGUUCAUACCUGCGUAUUCUGCAGUGCUACACAAAUUGAUCUCUCCGUUGGGGCAUUCAAGGUCUUAUCUAACAACAACCUCGCAGUUGGAACUAUUAGCUUGACUUGGCAAGUCUACUAG